UAUUGAAAUGGACCGAAGAAAAGAAGCUGGACCACCUGGGGCAGCAUGUGUCUUUAAGCCUAAGGCGGGACAUAAUGACAAUUAUGGCCGCGAGCCGGUCUUGGAAAGAAACCCGAGAUGUGAUGAUGAGAAAAUAUCUGGCAGCAGAGAAGAUGGCAAUGGAGGCCGAUUUAGCGGCAGUCCAGAGGAAGAACUUCGCAACGUACAAUGACUUCCUACGGGAGUUUACUUUGGUAGCACUAAGAAUCCCCGGGGUCACGGACCGAAUAAUGAGUAAGUACUUCCUCAGACAGUUCUCCGAGUUCGACAAGGACAAGAUGCUGCCGGCUUACCAACAGACGAGCAAAUUUGUAAACACUAGGGACGUUGAUUUCAGUACGGUAACGGAUCUGACCGAAAAGACGAUAGUAACGGAAACAUCGGCCUUGCUUAAGGAAGGGGAGGUCAUAGAUCUUACCGGUAGAACAGGCGAUACGGUAAAGAAGGGGAUUGAAAGUCUACAUGAGCGGGUGCACGGGGUCAACAAUAAGAUUGAAAGGAUGGAGGGCGCACUACUGGUUAUGCAGGCGCAAGUAUCCCGAUCCGCCCUCCCUCCCCAGGAAGCUAUGGUUCCGCCAGGUGUAGCCAACCGGGGAUUCGGACGGAGAGAUCCUGCUAACGAGCAAUGCAAGUACUGCACCGCGAUGGGACAUUAUGUACGUGCAUGUCCAAAGUUCAACCAUGAUAUCUUAAAGAGGAGAUGCACCAGGUCAUUAAAGGGAGAGAUAUUCGGACCACAGACAGAGCGGGUGAAUUGGAACUCACCAGGGGGAAUGCGACGAGUCGUUAUCAUGCUCAACGGAUUAGAGAUAACGGUCGUAGAAGCUGAGCUGGUGGUCGAUAUCAUUUGGGAUCAACUGCGGGGCCGCGGACCGCAGGUCAACUUUAUUUUGGAAAACGACGAACGUGAUAGGAUGAACGCAACCACUCGACAGGGAACGGUCGGGAGAAGGAUUAACCGUGACACCGUUAUGGAGGAGGUCGCCGGAAGCUCCGAACCCCAGGCAGAGCAUGAGGCCGAGGAACCAGAGAAAGUCUAUGUGAAGCCUAGGGAAGAGGAGCCUGCGGACAAGGUUACCGCCGCUAAGAAGAAGUUUCGGUAUCAAAUCCCGAUCUUAACUUUGCCUGAGCUCGACGACACCAUUAGCAAGUUACUAGGAACCCUGACGUCGGUGUCUUUUCAUACCAUGCUGCAGGCUAGCCCUAGGUUGCUCAAAGGGCUCAGACAACUGUUGACUCGGAGGCGAGUAGAAAAAGGCGACAACCCCGAAUUACCAGAAGGGGAGAGGGAGGAGGAAGCUCCGCAAGAAGUGGCUAACCUUCAGAGGAGUCACGAAAACUUGGAGGAUCUCGAAAAAGCCUUCGCAGACAUUCGUUUGAGCUUGCCCGAUCGAGAGGGCGGCGAAGUCAUGAAAUCACCAACCAGGAUGAAGCUUAGCUGUCAUGCACUGCCUGUAAGGAAACAGAAAAUCGAGAUCGGGAGUCAUCAUAUCGACGCAUUAGUAGACGGGGGAGCAAAAAUCACUCUCAUAAGAAAAGAUUUUGCAACGAUUACGGAAUGUACGGUAAACAAGGAAGUAACAGGGAGCAUUCGGGGAGCAGGCGGGGAAAUCCCGUUCGCAGGGAAGCCGGAUCUGGCAAAGACCGACAAGAUAUCCCAGUGGUUGACGCCACUGCGCACGACGAUGGAGGUAAGGGCAUUCAUAGGCAUAGUCGGCUUUUGGAGGAUCUUCAUUAAGAACUUUGUCAAGAUUGCUGAGCCUAUCUGGGCUAUGAUCAGGGAAGAAGGAACCAUGGAUUGGACGGAGGAGCGAGAAGGAGUUGUCCAAAGGCUGAAGGACAUAUUGACAUCUGAGACAGUCGCCCUGUUCGCGCCUUGUUUUAAUGACGAAGUGGGACGACCCUUCAUCCUAGAGACGGAUGAAGGACCUUUGGUCGUAGGAGGUGUGUUGAUUUAAGGGGAUGAGGGGGGAAAAGAAAGGCCAAUUAAGUUUGAAAGUAGGACCUUGAACUCCGCAGAGCGGCGGUAUCCACAGU